AUGGCUCUUCGAGUUAUGAUCUUUACCACCUUUCUAGGUCUUAAGGUGACAGAUGUGAAGGCCGUCGCAAAGGCCGUCCUCCCGAGGUUUUAUCUGGAGGACCUCCAUGAGAAUGCCUACAAAGCAUUCUCUAGUUGCAGAGGGAAGAAAGCUGAGGACCCUCUCAAAAAUUGCCUCGGACUGGUAGCUGCUCCGGCCGUCGUGGCCAGGGUCCAACAGUAUGAAGCUAUAAGAGCAACUCUGGGAGACGGUAACAUGAUCGACGUUGGAAUUGCAGACACUGCUCUCACCAGUCAUCCAUAUGUCCUGUUAUGUAAGUUGCAGGAAGUAUAUUUUGUUCCGGUGGAGGAGAAGGCCCCAUCCUUGCCGAGAAAAGAUUAUUCGAAGCCAUUAAUCUUCCACGACGGACGAGCAGUGGUAAGGCCUACACCAUUAAACGCGUUGGCAGUUUUACUGUGGGUACCUAUGGGAGUCAUUCUAGCCAUUACCCGACUUUCAGUCGGAAAGUUGCUGCCAUACAAGUUGGGUUUGAUGGCCGCAGCAGCCACCGGCCUGAAGAUCAGAGCAAAGCUUCCUCCUCCAAGUCGUCCAAACAACCAGACCUGUAACACACUCUACGUGUGUUCUCAUCGGACACUAAUUGAUCCAGUGAUUGUAGCCUCGGCCUUGCAACGGCAUGUCACAGCAGUCACUUACAGUGUCAGCAGGGUCUCCGAGCUGCUUUCGCCGAUAAGAACCGUCCGGCUCCGCCGUGACCGUGCCGACGAUGGGGCUACAAUGCGUGGCCUACUAAUGCAGGGUGACUUGGUGGUCUGCCCAGAGGGCACCACCUGCCGGGAGCCUUAUCUUCUCCGGUUUAGUCCAUUGUUUGCAGAGAUUGCAGAUGUAAUUGUGCCAGUUGAUGUAUCAGCCAAUGCCACCAUGUUUCAUGGAACUACAGUAAGAGGUUACAAAUGGUUGGAUUCCUUCUUCUUCCUCAUGAACCCUAAUCCCCAUUACCACCUUCAAUUCCUUGACAAGGUUGCUGGAGUCCGCACGUGUGAGUCCCUUGGGAAAUCUAGCUAUGAUAUUGCCAAUCAGGUGCAACAGAUGAUUGGACGAGCUCUUGGGUUUCAAUGCACAAACUUCACACGUAGGGACAAGUACAGAACGCUUGCAGGCAACGAUGGAGUGGGCAAGGCCAAAGAGGUUGUUGAGAGUAAUACUCCACACGUGUGCUCGAUCUAA